UUAUAGCUUCUGUUUCUGUCCUGUUAUACGGGCAGUGAGGUUUUUUACCUGCCGACGAGCAACACUGUCCCCAGCGCGACCCUCUCUACAUUUUAAGAAGAUGAAUUCUCUGAACCAGCAGUACGAGGAGAAGGUGCGUCCCUGCAUCGACCUGAUCGACUCCCUCCGCUCUCUGGGAGUGGAGAAGGACCUGGCGCUGCCUGCCAUAGCCGUGAUAGGGGACCAGAGCUCCGGGAAGAGUUCGGUGCUGGAGGCGCUGUCCGGGGUGGCUCUGCCAAGAGGAAGCGGCAUUGUUACAAGAUGUCCUCUGGAGCUGAAGAUGAAGAAAAGGAACGAAGGUCAGGAUUGGUAUGGAAAGAUCAGUUACCAAGAACAUGAGGAGGAGAUAAAAGGUCCUGCAACUGUGGAGAAAAUAAUUACAAGAGCACAAAAUAAAAUAGCUGGAAAGGGCAGUGGGAUCAGCGAUGAACUCAUUACUCUGGAAAUCGCCUCCCCGAAUGUCCCAGACCUGACUCUCAUCGAUCUUCCUGGCAUUGCCAGGGUGGCGGUGGCGGGACAGCACGAGAGAAUUGGUGAUCAGAUAAAGAGACUCAUCGAGAAGUACAUCAAAAAACAGGAAACCAUCAGUCUGGUGGUGGUUCCAUCCAAUGUGGACAUAGCGACCACAGAGGCUUUGCACAUGGCUAAACAGGUUGAUCCCUUUGGAGAGAGGACUCUGGGUAUACUGACUAAGCCUGACUUGGUGGACAAAGGCACAGAGGAGACAGUGGUGAAAACAGUCCGCAAUGAAGUCAUCCCUCUGAAGAAGGGCUACAUGAUUGUCAAAUGCAGAGGCCAGAAGGAGAUUUCAGAGAAUCUGUCUCUUGCUGAAGCAAUCGAGAGAGAGAACGCCUUCUUUCAUGAUCAUUCGUAUUUCCAGACUCUGUUAUAUGAUGGUCUGGCCACCGUCCCUAAACUAGCAGAAAAACUCACACUGGAGCUUGUGAAUCACAUCCAGAGAUCUCUGCCUGAACUGGAAAAGCAGAUGGAGACUAAACUGAAAGAGACUCAGGCAAAGUUGGACAAAUUGGGCUGUGGACCGCCGACUGAUUGCACUGAGAGACUUGGUUUCCUUAUCGAUAGGGUGACGGCAUUCACACAGGAUGCCAUUUACCUCAGCAAAGGGGAGGACAUAAAAUGUGGAUACAAGUCCAAGAUCUUCUCCAUACUCAGACAACAGUUUGCUGUUUGGAAAACAAUUAUCGAUAACUCCGGAACAACAUUCAACUGGAAUAUUCAGAAAGAGGUGGCUCAGUAUGAACGCAAGUACCGCGGGAAAGAGCUCCCAGGCUUCAUCAACUACAAGACGUUCGAAGCCAUGGUGAAGGAGCAGAUCAAGGAGCUGGAGGAGCCUGCGAUCAUAAAACUCAAGGAGGUGACAGAACUUGUGAAGAAAGAGCUGUUUGGAUUGGCCCAGAGGAGCUUGGUUGGCCUGCCUAACCUUAUCAGAACUGCUAAGAUGAAGAUCGAAGCCAUCGGUAACGACAAGGAAGCCUUGGCGGAGUCCAUGCUGCGGACCCAGUUUAAGAUGGAGCUGAUUGUCUACACCCAGGACUGCAGAUACAGCAAGAAGUUGGGGAAGAGGAAGAGAGAAGAAAUCCCCAACAACAACGAAACUGGAGCCAACCUGAAGGAGAUGAUGAGACACCUGAAAUCCUACUACCAAAUUGCUGGUCAGCGUCUGGCCGACCAGAUCCCCCUGGUGAUCCAGUACCAGGCGCUGCAGGAGUCUGCCGUUCAGCUGCAGAGAGACAUGCUGCAGAUGCUUCAAGACAAGGAGAAAAUGGAGCUGCUGCUCCAGGAGGACGGAGGCGUGAAAAACCACAGAGUCCUCCUGCACAACUCCAUCAAGCGUCUCUCCAAGGCACGCAUCGUGCUAAGUGAAUUCAGCAUGAACACAUUCGACUUCAGCACAACAGAAGCUUAGUGUGUUGCGUGAAAUCAAAAACGUUACUUUUUGAACAGCUAUAAGGGACGUUUUGCACAGUGGUAAUACAUUCUCAGCUUUACUUUUGCAAGGUUUUUUGUGUGGUUUAUUUUAUGUAAGUAGAACUUAUAGAAAUGUCCAAGCUUUCAAAACGAAAGGUUUUUGUCAUUUAAAAUCUUUGCUAUGGAUCUAAAUAUUCUGCUUUUAUUGUUUAGCAGAAGGAAGCUGCUUUAUUUUGAAAUGUACAGGGUUCCUGCUCUGCUAGCUUCUAUCAAAUAGUAGCUUUUUGUGGAAAAAAACAAAUGUGUAGAUAUUGUCAAUGCAUUUUUCUUUGUUUUUAUCUCACAUUUGGAGACUUAAAAUCACAUUUUGUUCCAAUGUACUGAAGAAACAAUAAACAAAAUGGACAACAAAAACCUUUACCAUUGAUCUAUUUCUAUAUCAGAUCAAUAUGCAUGUUUUCAUGGAGAAUAUCCAAUGAGCACUGAAAAGUUUGUUCAUGUUCACUCUUUCUAGCAGACAUGCAUAAAUUGUGUUUGAGCAAAGAUCCAUCAUAAAAAGUGAGUAGUUUAUUCACAGAAAUCCUGCCUAAUGAUCACUGUAAAAUGUUUUUCAGCUGCUGCUGUUACUGUUUUUAAUGUUGAACAGCCUAACCUUAUCAGAACAUUAUGGAUUUUGAGGUCAGUUUUCUCUCUCUCUCUCUCUCUCUCUCUCUUUUUUUUCUUUUUUUUGCAUUUGACCAACUGUAAAAGAUGAAAAAUGUUGACUUCAAUUAAAAAUUGGAACACAAAAUGACUCUGUACCCAACUAUGCACCGUUGGCUAGGAAUAGUUUUUGUUGUUUGCUGUUUUUGUGUGACACCAGACAAUAAACCGAAAAAAACUGUA